UUCCUGGUUGGUUGUGACAUACACUUAAGAUUAUAUUACUUAUUUACUUUGCUAUAUAUCUAUAAACCUGAUCAAUAUAUCUAUUCACUUUUAAAAUAAGGACGAAAAUUUAAAGAACCAUGCGAAUCUUAAUAUUUGUUUCUCUAGUAAUUGGGACUUACGCUUUAGCACAUACAGAAUUAAAAACUGACAUGAAAUGCGAACCGUAUAGGGCUUACAUUAUCUGGGAUAUGUACAGAGAUGAGGGAUCAUUUUAUGAUCAAAGAACAACUAUAUCAAAACUUAUAAAUGCGUUGUCACAGGGCUCAGUAAUACGUUUGUCUGUGGUUGGCGCAACAUUAAACCGUACCUAUAAUUUUAUAAAAGAUGAAUUGAAUUCCAGCUGGACGGAAUUGAUAGUUCAGAUUAAACCGGGAAAUAUACGUCACAAAAUCCCAUACAAAGUUCUGAAGACAGAAGUUUCUGAUACAUUAACUCACAACAAUAGUCUGAGAAUGGCAGAGGAGUUUUUCUUGGUUGUGAAUGGAAGAUCAAAGUUAGAAAAACAGAAGAAGACACAGACAGUGAUGAAAGGAAAAAAGACAUAUGUUGUGUUCGCAGGAAACGGAGAGCUACCGGAUGUUUGGGCAGAGAUUGCUACGGACGAAAAACAUGUACUAGAGGACUUUGGACAAACUGACCUGGGAACAUUUUUGAGUAAUGUUUGUAAAGACUCUAGACUGUAUUGUGACACGAAUAGGUACUGGCGUGACAGCAGCACGUGUUAUAGAUGUUCGUUUAUAUGUACUACAACACCCUCUGAAUAUUGUCAGUUGGCAUGUCCAUACUUUGAACGGAAGACUGGAUGUGCUGGCAUUUCAUAUAUGGCAACUGAGUGUAACGAUCGAUUAUACAUCGUGAUGGUUCUCUCCAUAUUUAUGACAGUUCUACUAUUUUUGAUUGUUUUAAGUAUAUGUCUUGAUCUGAAGAUUAAGUAUCUUUGUAAAAGACACCGUUAAAAGAAUGAUAUUUAUGAUACAGCCAACAAAACAUUGCUACACACGGAUGAACAGGAGGACAUUCCACUGGAAACGUUAAAAAAGACAAAAAAGGCAAAAACAAUAUAAAUAUUUGAUCGGCUAUGCUAUUUCUAACAGAAUGAAAACUAUAAAAGUGAUAUAGAGAAGAAAGUAGAUGUGAUAAGCCAUGUAUUCCUUGUGAUAUCGUAUACUAGUACUUUCCAGUGGCAAUAAGAACAUGUUUUCAGCAUGUGAAUCGCCAAUAAUUUGAACUUGCAUGAAUAAAAAUUAUUUUCUGUAAUGGAGACCUUUAUCUUGAUUAUUAUUCUUUUUAGAAAUUAUAAUACAUAUGUAUACUGAGAAUAUCUUAUUGGCAAAGAGAAAGAUGCAUAGAGGAACUGUUUCACUUGACAACAUAUGUUUUAUGUAGCAUAUUCUUUGACAAUCUUUUGUUUUAUCAAUAAACAUAUGGUUUGUUUUCUGUUGGUGGUAUUAAAAUACUUAUCACACGUACAGUUUAUAUUCUAGACGAUACCAUUUUUCUUCCCUUAAAAAGUGCUUAAAUGAAAAGCGUACUUGUUUUUAUUUUAUUUCUUUUGAUAUCGGAAGAAUACGGCAUGCAAGAAAAAAAUCUAUCACUGGGUGAAGGUAUGAAUGGAAAUAUCCAGCUCUUAACUGUUUUGAUGUAACUCGAGUCUCGUUACCGCAUAACAACCUGGAGUCAGAUAUUUCCAGCAGCACCUUUAGCCAGUGUAUUAUAGGCAUACUAAUCAUGUCUUUUGUGUGCGGUUAGAUCUAAUAACAAG